AUGGGACCUGAAGUUAGAAGAUUGGCGGAUGCUGGCCCAUCUCUCUUGGAGUUCUGGAAACGAUAUAAACGCCUGUAUCCAAAUCACGAGGUCUUUAAACUUGUCGCAGAAAACGCUUUGAAAUUGGAAGAGUGCGUCCCCUGCUACAUGCAUGGGGAUGAGGGCACCACUUACAAAAAGGAUGGGUGCCUAUGUUUGAGCUUUCACUGUGCAAUGGGCCGUGGGACUAUUAGCAACAAGAUGGGCCCUAUCACACAUGAAGUUUUGGAUGACCCACAUCUGAACUUUGUCGGGCAUGCAUUUGAAACGCGAUUUCUCCUGAGCGCUAUGCUUCGAGAGGAUUACCGUGAUGAUCACAGUGUGAUGUCCGACUUGCUGGAGGUCGUGGUUGGAUCUUUAGACCAUGCUUCUCGGAAUGGGGUCCCUUUGGCGUCUGGUGGAAAGCUACACCCGGUAUGCCUUGGAAACAAGGGCGACUGGCCAUACUUGGAAGAAGCGGUCUUCACUAGGAAAUUGAUGCACGAGUUUGACAAAAAGGCUGCAUUUCAUAAGGUCGACAUUUUUCACACUGUUAGCCUGGGGGUCGGAAAAGCUUGGGCAGCAUGUGGCUUUGCUAUCCUACAGCAAGUGUGUCCUGGGACAUCUAUCGAGAAAAGGCUGCAGGAACACAGGAAAACCAGCUACGUUCGGAAGGUGGAUCGCUCUACGCUUGGUUGGAAAGGUUCGGAGGAACCGGUCGGUGGUUGGAGCAAAGGGGCUUUGACCACUGCGCUGUGCCAGUUCCUGGAAUACUUUUGCCAGCUGAAGGACUUGGAAUCAUCACAUCGAGCGUUACUUGACGCAGGUGCUGCUCUUGUGGAUGCAUCCCAACCGGAGGGGGUGAGAGGGAAACUGCAGCUGAUGGCGGAGAGUGGUGUGCCUGGUGAGGUGUCCAAAACCCGGGUGGAAAAGGCGUACCCGUUCGACCCUGUAAAAGCCCGUGCGGACCUGUAA